AUGACAGCCUCCACAGGCAACGAUUCCAAAGCUCAUUCAAGAAAAAAGAACACUAACAUUAAUAAUGAUAUUUUCGUUGACACAUCAGGGAGAAAUUCUAGUGUUGAAAGCACUAAAGCACGUAAUAAAAAACAGAUAAGUGCCCUUUUGAUUUGGCCAAUAGUGGUCAUAUUAUACACAGUCACCUUUGUGUGUCUGCAUGAAGUAAAAUAUAACAAAUAUCCUGAGCCAAAAUACUCAACAACAUAUACAGAGAAGGAUCAGUUUUUUGAAGAUGAAGCACGUAAACAUUUGCUGGAACUGUGUAGCUUUGGACCUAAGCCUGCUGGAAGCAAUGCGAAUGAGGUUAAAGCUGUACAAUAUAUUGUUAAUCAAAUAGAUACUAUAAGAGAAUCAAAUCAAGAACAUUCACCAGUGAAUUCUCUGACAAUAAACAUUCAGAAAGUUAGUGGAUCAUUCCUAUUAAAGAAUUUUGUACAGACAAACUAUUAUUCUGUGUAUGAAAAUCUCCAAAAUGUAGUGGUAUUACUUGAACCACCAAAUACUUCCAAGUCAAGUCUUCUCAUUAACUGUCAUUUUGAUUCAGUGGUUGACAGUCCAGGAGCUGGAGACAAUAUUGCUAGCUGUGCGGUUAUGUUAGAACUGCUGCGAGUUCUGUAUAUAUCAAAAGACCCUCUCAAACACAACAUUAUAUUCUUAUUCAAUGGAGCAGAAGAAAAUAUUUUGCAGGCAAGUCAUGGUUUUGUAACACAGCAUCCAUGGGUUCCAUCCAUUAAAGCUUUUAUAAACUUAGAUUCAGCAGGAGCUGGAGGUUGGGAAACAGUCUUCCAAACUGGACCAGAGCACCCAUGGCUAGUCAAGGCAUAUGCUGAGUCAGCAUUAUAUCCAUAUGGUUCCAUACUUGGUCAGGAGCUGUUCCAGAGUGGUGUCAUUCCUUCUGAUACAGAUUAUAGAAUAUUCAGAGACUUUGGAAAUCUUCCUGGUUUAGAUAUUGCUUAUAUUGCUAAUGGCUACAUUUAUCAUACACAGAAUGAUAAACCACAGUAUAUUCCAUCAGGCAGUAUUCAGAGAGCUGGAGACAAUUUGUUGAGUAUGAUAAAACACCUGUGUUCCAGUGAGAAACUUGAAGACCCUGGUGCAGAUAAGCAUGGGACUAUGGUGUUCUUUGACUUUUUAGGACUAUUUAUGAUUCAUUAUCCUAGCAGAAUAGGAGCUGUUUUUAACUGUGGUCUUCUUGCGAUUGUUUCAGUGACUCUACUGUUGAAAUACAAGAUUAAGUCCAAGAGGAUCUUAAGUUAUCAGGAUGUAUCAACAGACAAAACCUUACUACAAGCUUUAGUUCUGUCUUUAGUAUGUUGGAUAUUGUUGUCUGGAGUGGCAACCAUUGUUGGAGUUACAGUUGACUUACUGGGACAACCUAUGUUUUGGUUCUCAAGGACAUACAAUAUUAUACUUGUGUAUGGUGUCAUGUCAAUUAAUAUCAUCUUAGCAUUCCAUUAUCUGCUGAAACAUACAAUUUAUAAGAAUACACCAGAUUGGUAUGUGGAAUCCCUUUACCAUGAUGCAACAAUGAUCAUAUUUUGUUUGAUAACAUUAUUUCUAACUUACAUGGACUUUGCAUCAGCCUUUUUGCCAAUGUUAUGGAUAUUAGGACCAUAUCUAACCAGAUAUGUGGUCGUGCCAUUUUUCAAAAUAGAUAAUACUCUCGGUCCAUCAUUUUCAUAUGUGUUUAUAACCUUACUGGGUCAACUGUUCCAACUGUUAUUCACACUUCAUUCAGUAGAAGCUGUUUAUACAUUGUUUAUACCCAUAGCAGGAAGGGCAGGAGGCAAUUCAUAUCCAGAUAUAUUUAUAGCAAUGCUAACAGCUUUUACAGUUAUAAUAUGUAUGCAGUAUUUAGUUGGUUUUGUAUAUUUAUGUUCUAAUAUGAAGCCACUUCUUGCUGCAUUAAGUGUGAUAUUAGCUAGUAGUCUUCUACUUACACAGUUUACUAGUCUUGGAUUCCCAUACAGUGGUAAUUUGGAGAGUCCCACGGCACAGAGAGGACUGUUCUUCCAUAUUAACAGAAACUUCCACAACCAUGAUAGAAGUAUCAAUAGGAGUGAUUCAGGGAUAUGGUAUUUGGCAUUUGACCAAAAUGGUGCCAACUUAAUACAAGACAAUCCAGUGAUUCGUGAUAGCCAUUAUGUAAAGUGUGAGGGUAACUACUGUGGCAUGCCAUACAUGUACCCGCUUAUACAUGUAAUUGAUGCUAGGCUUUCAUUAUACAGUCUAAAGCCACCUCCGGUUUUUAGAAUUCCUGUUACUGUUAAGUUGACAAAGAAGAUAAUCGUCAAGGACAGGCCAAGAAUUGUCAGAUUUCACAUUGAUGUGACAGGACCAGAUCAUUUGUCCAUAUAUAUUACUCCAGUCCCAGGUGCUGUACUUACAAGAUGGUCUAUAACUAAUGAUUCUCAUCUAUAUCCAACAAGACUGCCAUCAGGUGUUCCAGGAACUACAUACUUCAUUUACUAUUCUUAUGGAAUAAAACCAGAUCAUCCAUGGAAUUUCUUUAUUGAUAUAAAGGCACCUGUUGGAUAUCCAGAGGACAAGCCAUUGGUUGAUAUUGCCUUGAAUGGCCACUACUCACAUGGCAAAGACAAGACAUCUCCUGAAUUGGAUGAUUUUAUAAAGAGUCUCCCCGAUUGGUUGGUCACCAUGUCGUGGAUAUGUUCUUAUGAUUCAUAUUUGUUUUGAAAAUUGUUAUAUUUUAUAUACCUAUCAGUAUUCAGGUCCAUUACAAAAAUGUUUUCUGGAAAUUUAUAAUUUUUAUACGACCGCAAAAAGUUUUGAGGUCGUAUAUUGGUAUCAUGUCGUAGUCAUCGUCGUCCGAAGACAGUUGGUUUCUGGACAAUAACUUUAGUAAAAUUAAAUAGAAAUCUAUGAAAUUUAAACACAAGGUUUAUAACCACAAAAGGAAGGUUUGGGAUUGAUUUUUGGGGUUAUGUCCUAACAGUUUAGGAAUUGGGGGCCAAAAAGGGGCCCAAAUAAGCAUUUUUCUAGUUUCCAGACAAUAACUUGUGAAAAGGUGUAUGGAUCUUUCUGAAAUUAUACCACAAGUUUCCAUACCACAAAGGGAUGGUUAGGAUUUGCUUUGGGGGGUUAUGGCUCAAACCGUUUAGGAAUUAGGAGCAAAAAAAGGGGGAAAAACAAUGGUUUCCUGGUUAAUGGACAAUUUUUUAAGACAAUUUAAAAGCAGUGUAAGGGAGGUAAUCCAAACACAACGUUUUGAUUACCUCCCUUACACUGCUUUUAAAUUAUGUAUAAAGAAAUGUUGUAUUGUCUUGAGAUGAUUAGCUGUCAAUUUAUUUUUAGAAGUUACUAUUAAGGAAUAUUAAUUUUAGCCAUGAUUAUGUAUGUCAUUUUCAAUUUUAAGACUUUUAUGAUGUAUUUAAAUGGGUAAUUAUGGUUGCAAAUUCCAUUGGAAAUUUGAUUUGAGAUUAUGGCCAUAUCUUGAGGGGAAGAA